CUAAUCUGUCAUGAUUCACUGCUGGUGUCGUCGCAAGAAUUGUGUGGAAAUGAUGAUAUUCCUCUUCUUUUGCUUUUGCGURUCRCAUAUCCCUUGUGUGCGGAUGUUCACAUUGAAUGGAACUAGGAAUUUAAAUACAAAAGCAAUUGCAAAUAGAAAUAAAAAUUGGGACAAGAGUAUGGGGACUAUCCUGUGCGAUACAUCAAAACAUCAGCAGCAGCAACCUACAGAUCUUUGGGCACAGCUGCAGCAAAAACURCCAACGAUAAAAGUGAUUGUGAUUGGAGCUGGAAUCUCGGGACUUUCUGUUGCCUAUCACCUAAAGAAACKCUCCGAAAUGGAGCAGGAAACCGAAACAAAAGCGACGGGAACAUCCACAAAAAAACACCAACGACGACAUUUGCUGGAGGUGGAAYUUCUCGAGGCUCGAGAUAGAAUUGGCGGCCGUGUCGAACCCUUUCUCCUCGACAGCGACRAAAAAAAAGGAGUCGAAACCUGGGUGGAUCUUGGAGGCCAAUGGGUGCACCAGUCCUCGYCCAAAAAUCCGAUACGGCGGCUCAUGGAAGACGAGCUGAACCUAUCCUUUGUAGGUGACGACAAGGUCAACCGCAAGAAACAAGUGACAAAAGCAACGAAUCGUUUCCAACAACGCAAGCUCACCAACGUUUUGUUCGACCAAGAUGGAAACCCUGUGARCAAGGCUAUCGUCCAGCGGGCCAAAAGGAUGUUCUAUAAGGCCAUGGGCGAUUGGAAAACGGAAGGCGGAGGCGACAGAAACAACGAUGUUCUCGACGACCAAGGAAAUUUGAGCGCACACGUGUCUCCAAAUCGUAUCAACAUCUCCUUCAAAGAUUUUAUCGAUGCGCGUGUAAAGCUCGAACUACAAGCUACUACCAAGGAUGACAAAAACAUGGGUCGCGAUUCAAAAAAAUGCACCACACAACAAUUGAUAAGCGUGAUGAAUUACCUUGUCCACCGCUCCGAAGAAAACGAGGGUGGAAACCUUAGGGAAGUUUCGGCGUUGCUGGCCCAGAAUCUCUAYGAUUGGCAGGAAACGGUGGGUGAAGGACCCGAUCGCGUUAUUAAGGGAUCUUACAAGAGCCUCUUGGACGCACUGGCAUGUAAACUAAACCUGGAUAUAAACAAACCAUAUUCGCCAGAAGCAGCAGCAACGCCUAGAACAUUCACUUCUGGUCCAAAGAUUGCCGAGACUACUCCUACUUCUGUUUCAAGCGAGAGCCAUGGAYAUCAAAUUGGGCUCUGUCGGGUGCGUUUGCGACCAAAUGUCAGGGUCGGGCAAAUCAAUUACGACAACGGCAACGGCAACAAGAGGAAUGGCAGAACCGAGAAAAUGAUCUCGCUUGCAGUUGUGGAAACGGACAAUAAUGAAAACARCAACGSAACGAUCGUUCCAGAUUGUACCUGCUGUAGUAAUAGCAACAAUACAAUCGAUGGUUUAGAACCAAACAAAACCACAUCUCCCGAUAAGCAUACCACGACUGUGCAAAAAAUACUGGAGUGUGACUAUUGCGUCUGCACGGUUCCCCUGGGUGUCCUUCAGCAGGGCAGUAUCAAAUUUGUUCCACCACUGCCCCCCAAGAGACAAGAGGCCAUCGACGGAAUCGGAAUGGGCUUGCUGAACAAAAUCGUCUUCCGUUUUGAUUUUGCCACCGCCGACCGCCAGGUGCCGUUCUGGGGAGAUCUCAAGCAGUUCGGGAUCUGUCACGAGGAUCCGUCCAUGAUCAAAACCUAUUACGAUUGCACWGAGGAUUAUUACGAUAAUAAUGAUGAAAUCGAUAGCAGUGGAGACACCAAAAAGCAUAGAACCACGUCGGCCGUCCUGGUUCAGUUUUUGGCGGGCGCGUCGGCGGAUCGGGUAGACCCUCCUCUUCCGCUGCGAAAGGACCGUGAAGACGAUGCCAUGCCUCUAAUCGAAACCAAAGAGAGUGGUCUCACCGACGAGGAAGUCAUCAAGGAAUCUCUCGAGGCCUUGAGAUCGGUCUUUGGAUCAAAUACAGUCCCUGACCCCGUCGUGAGCAAGAUCACGCGGUGGCGAAAGGAUCCCUGGAGUUGCGGAUCCUACUCUUUUGCCAAGAUAGGAUCUUCUCCAAAYAUGUACGAUGAAAUUGCAUCCCCGCUUGGAGGUGRAAGGAGCAACAGCUGUAGCGACAAUAGAAGCAACAAAAAYAACUACAACAGCAAGGAUCACGGUCGUUUACUCUUUGCGGGAGAACAUACAAGCAAAUAUUAUCAUUCCACUGUUCACGGGGCUUGGGAAACUGGACAACGAGAAGCGGAACGAAUUUUCAAGCAAAUCACUAACACUGAAUAAGAACAGAKGUUUCGAGGGAAGAAACUGAGUUCACCGAUUCAUCUUCGAAUAUAUUGAUAGARAUCUG